AGGAUCGACACGGAUUGGACUGGAUUUCCAUUCUUCUCGGAGAGGCAUUACAAGCUGUAUAUAUGCCGCAAUGGUGUAAUCCAGUUGAAUUAUGAAUGGAGCUGGUGGUGGCCGCGGAAGUUUGGUGUCUACUGGUGGCUGAGAAAUAUGGCAAUUAUUGCACCGUUCUGGGCCACGACCGAUACGUAUUUUGCCUUUAGAGACGGUCAUUCUAAGGUGUAUUAUCAAGUGUACAGCCAAACCAAGGAAAGCUCUUCCGAAAUCCUCAAAAGGGCCUCACAAGAUGUAACACGCUAUGACGAGGGUGACAAAUUUGCCAACUUUGCUGCCAGUUGGGUUCUUGUCGUGACCUGGCAGAAACUCUGUCCAUACGUCUAUUAUCCAUAUUACUACUACUAUGAAGAAAACGUUCCCUUAAACUGUCCCUGGAGUAACACUUUUCAAGCUGUCAUAAUUACGGAUGGAUUUAACACAUUUUUGAUGUACAACUACCCUUCUGGUGGAAUUCAGUGGGUGGUUCCAGCGGAUCCGGAGUAUUACCGUUACUGGACCAGUUACUACGGUCUUCCUGUCGCUGGGUGGAACGCAGGAAAUGAUGGCAAAGAUUAUUACAACCACGAAGCGUGA